AUGCCAAUUUCACAUCGUGCCCAGCUUAUCUACAAUAUCUCAUCAGCACAUACGCACCCCUGUUACAAUCACCACUACAAUAAUCACUCUCUCAAAGGAUCUACAAGUCUGUAUAGUGCUUUGCAUUCCGAUUCAAGCUUCUACCACUCUCGCACCAGGACAGGCAUUGGCAUUGGCAGUGACAUUGAAAGCCCGAACCUAGGGAUGUUGUUGACCGAGGAGAAACAAUGGAUUACGGUCCAGCAGAAGACUUUUACAAAAUGGCUUAAUAACAAAUUGCAAGUUCGGAAUCUGGCAAUUGACGACUUGGUCAAAGAUCUUUCUGAUGGGGUUAUUCUCAUUCACAUCCUUGAGAUCCUGGGGAAUGAAUCACUCGGUCGAUAUGCCUCGAAGCCCAAAUUGCGAGUUCAGAAGUUCGAAAAUGCCAACAAGAGUCUUGACUACGUUAAGGGGCGGGGGAUCCAGAUGACAAACAUCGGUGCUGAGGAUAUAGUUGAUGGCAACAGAAAGAUUAUUCUGGGACUGAUAUGGACGCUUAUUCUGCGGUUUACGAUUAGCGAUAUUAGCGAGGAAGGGAUGACAGCUAAGGAGGGACUGUUAUUGUGGUGUCAACGAAAGACGGCUUGUUAUCCCGGGGUGGACGUCAGAGAUUUCUCCGCGAGCUGGAACGAUGGCCUGGCCUUCUGUGCGCUGCUGGAUAUCCAUCGACCUGAUCUGAUAGAUUACGAUUCGCUGGAUAAGAACGAUCACAAGGGAAAUAUGCAGAUGGCCUUUGAUAUUGCGUCGAGCCAUAUCGGUAUUCCGGAUUUGCUUGAUGUGGAGGAUGUCUGCGACGUUGCGAAACCAGAUGAACGAUCACUUAUGACAUAUAUCGCAUACUGGUUCCAUGCGUUUUCGCAGCUUGAGAGAGUAGAAAAUGCCGGUCGACGGGUGGAGAAAUUUGUGAUUAAUAUGCAGGGAGCAUGGGAGAUGCAGAAUUCUUUCGAACGCAGGAUGAAAGAACUUCUUCAGGCUAUCAGAGCUCAACGCGCUGAGUGGCGUGAGGCAUCAUUCGAAGGGACAUACGCAGAUGCCAAGGAGCAGGCAGCCAAGUUCGGUGCGUAUAAGAGGAACCAGAAAAGGAAAUGGGUUGCGGAGAAAUCUGAUCUUGCAGCUCUACUCGGCAACAUUAAGACGAAACUUAGCACGUACCGUCUCCGGGCCUAUGAGCCACCUCCGGAGCUGAGACUUGAUGUUUUGGAUCAGGAAUGGGUUACUCUAACGCAAAAUGAGCGCGAUCGCAGCCAGCUCAUAAAUGAAACCAUACGCGAUAUUAAGAAUGCCCUGCGUCGCUCGUUUGCUGACAAGGCAAACGAUUUCGCAUUGACACUUAAUACAUUAUCACUCGCCAUCUCAGGACUCGAAGGAGAUGUUGAGGACCAGCUAUCCCAUGCCCAGCGCCUGAACAAUAACCUCCCUCCAUUGGAUGCUUUCCUGGAAACCAUUGCCGAAUUGGAGGAGCGUUGUAUAGAAGCUAACAUUGAAGAGAAUGACUUCACUACAUAUACGUAUGAUGAGCUUGCCUACGAGCUCGGAUUAGUCAAGUCAAGCGUCAGCAAAAAGCUAGCCUUCUUGGAAAACCAGACGGUGGCAAGAAACAUGACCAACCUCACCCCUAUCCAGCUUGAAGAGUUUGAAUCUGUUUUCCGACACUUUGAUCGGGAUUCGUCCAAUACGCUGCACGAGAUUGAGUUUUCUGCCGCAUUGGCGAGUUUGGGAUUGGUCUAUGACGAGGAUGAGAUGCACGAGGUUUUUUUGGCAACUUGUGGACCGGCGAGGGUUGAGCGAAAUGCAGGAGUCAGUUUUGAGCAGUUCAUUCGCUUCAUGGUCAGUGUGACGGAGGACCAGAAUACGGCAGAACAGGUUUUCCAGAGUUUCAAAGAGGUGGCUGAUGGGAAGCCAUACGUCACUGAAUUGGACCUUAGACACUCCCUCAUCCCCGAGGAGCUUAUUGAUAACCUCCUCCAAACCAUGCCGCAGCAUAACGGGCCGGAUCUCUUAGGGGAUCGCGAUGUGCCCAAGUAUGACUAUAUCACUUUCAUGGAGAAGAUGAUGCACAAUGAUAGCGACACUAAAGAUGGACAUGACGGUGAUAAGAGCACGAGUGACCGGCGGGGUCUAGUGAACCACAUAUAG